CAGAUGUGGCCAUUUUAAGUGCUAUUUACAAAACUGCAUGUGGAAUUUGUUUACAGAGACAGCGACAUUGUAUCUAUUUUAUGUCAUCAUAGUUUUACUAUACACACUUUUACACCAAUCACAGUUCUCAAAGGAAGCAAUUACGUCAUAUGUCCUUCCUGGGGCUGCGCGCAUCUCCGCCUCCUUCCUUUAAAAACAAAUACACCGUUUUUAUUUUUUUUUAUGGUUGUGCGCCGCCCUUUUAUUUACCAUAUUAGCAAUUAGCUAGCUAACAACUAUUUGUUUCCCCGUGAUUUAUACGCGCUUUUGUGAUAAUCAACGCCAUCGCUGAGGUCCACGAAGGAUUGUAAAGUGACAAUGGAAGAGGUGCAGAACAGCAAUGGCGCUGAGACACAGACUGUCACCAUCCCCACCACCAUCACAGCCUCCCAGAUCUCCCAGAUAGCCCAACAGAUGUCUCUAGGGGGCUCUCCUGUGACUGUGGUCCAGCUACCUGGGGGUCAGUUCCAGGUGCAGGGGGUGAUCCAGUCGGCCCAGUCGUCUGUCAUCCAGUCCCCACAGUUGCAGGCUAUUCAGGGCCAGGGCUCAGACAGUGACGAUUCCCAGGACUCCUCAGACAGUGGAGCCUCUGCCCAGAAAACCAGAGAGAUACUGGCCAGACGGCCCUCCUACAGGAAGAUCCUCAAUGAGCUGUCUGCUGAGGAGGUGGCAUCACGGAAUGAAGGAGAGGAUGAAAACCCUGCUUCCUCUGGCAUGACCACAGUGACAAUGCCCAACACCCAGACAAUCUACCAGACGAGUAGUGGCCAAUACAUUACCAUUGCCCCUAAUGGUGCCAUCCAGCUGGCCAGCCCUGGGUCAGAGGGUCUCCAGGGGUUACAGACUCUCACCAUGACCAACUCAGGCCAACAACAGGGCACCACCAUCCUACAGUACGCUCAGACGCCUGAUGGACAGCAGAUACUUGUGCCCAGCAACCAGGUGGUCGUACAGAGUGAGUAUGGCUUCAUGACUCACGAUGCAGGAGGAGAGAUGCAGACGUACCAGAUCCGCACGGCACCCACAGCGCAACAGACCGUGGUCAUGACUUCCCCUGUAGGAAUAUCUGAACAAAAGAGUGGCGACCCCACCAUGAAGAGAGAGAUCCGCCUCGCCAAGAACAGGGAAGCUGCCCGUGAGUGUCGCAGGAAAAAGAAGCAAUACGUCAAAUGUCUGGAGAAUCGUGUGGCGGUGCUGGAGAACCAAAACAAGACUCUCAUUGAGGAACUCAAGACGUUAAAGGACCUGUACUGUGUCAAAACAGGAUAACCAGGAGGAAGAGAAGCCACCCAGCGAACAGGACAUUUAACGGCAGUGAGCGGCUCAGCUCUGCCACAUGGACAACACGGGGUUAACCGGGAACACCAUUUCAUUUCAGACCUGAAAUCCUCCUCCUCAGUUUGUGUUUUAUACUCUGUUUUAACAUGUUGUGAGUGGUGGCCAUGGGAACUGUCCCAUUUUUAAAAGACAAUGAAAGGGUGUGAAAGAGGUUGAUUGUUUUUCAUUGUCUUUUUAUUGCGCUAACAAAUGGAUUACUAACGCUUAAAUUUGUAUAUAUUUUGUGAGCUUUAUCAUUGACAUUCAAUUUCCAAUUGUAUCCCCCUUUUCCAGAAUCGGCUCCUUAUUUUCCUUGUGUAGCAGUAGGUUCAAUUUGCAGUUUUUAACAUCUAUCAAUUUGCGGCUGUAUUGAUUGUAUGAUGACUUCUAUGACGUGAUUUCAUGUAUUUUUUUUUUAUGUGAACCAGCUAUUUCCACCCCCACCCCCAUUCUUUCCCCCAUGAGGAAAUGUUACAAGUACCAUUCCUUAUCCUUGUCAAGAGGGAUGUAAGGGGUAUUAGAUAAGAUAACAUUGUGUAAGGCGGACUUUGCUGUUACUAAGACAAUCUAUCAGGGAGAACACACAAUGGCAGGGUAAUAUUUAUUUUCUAUUUCUGGAGAGGGGGAAUGAGCGAAUCAAACAAAAAGAGGGAAAGCAAUGUCAUUCAUUCUGUAAGUAAAUUGAAAUAAAUAUUUUUACAGUCUUUACAUA